UGUCUUUCUCUUUCGUUUUCUCUUUUCUCUUCUUCUCUUUUACUCUACUCUCCAAUCUUCUCUGAUCCGUUUCAUCUCCUCACACCCACCCUCUUUCAUCCAAGACAUCUAGAUCCAGUCUAUUCCACACAAACCCAUACAGAGUACAGACAGACAGAAGACAGAUAGAAGACAGACAACAAUAACAUCACCUCUCAUCCCAUCCCUUCUUCCCAACGAAGAACCAAAAUCAAAAUGCAUCUCCACACUGACAUCGACCCCUCCACCAUCAUCAAUAUCUCUGCCGCAUCAACCACAACAAUCACCAAACCAACCACAUCAACAACAAGAACAACCACCACAACCACUCUCACAGCCCCUACUUCUAUCCCAAAACAGCAAAACCCCUUCUACUUUGCUUACGGCUCCAACCUCUCCCCCACGCAAAUGGCCGCCCGCUGCACCGUCCACCCCGACACCUCCAUCCCGCUCGCCAUCGCUCGCCUCCCCAAAUGGCGCUGGCUGAUCCACCAAAGAGGGUACGCGAACGUACUUCCUCCCCAUGAACUGCGCAUUGGGGGACAACUCCACCCCGAUGCGGAGCAGGUCCCUGUCGCUGGCGAGGGAGAUGCCGUGUACGGUGUACUGUAUGAUAUGGGGAAGGAGGAUGAACGCAUUCUGGAUGGGUAUGAGGGAGUGGAUUGGGAUGCUCCGGUUGCUGAGGGUAAAGGGGGGCUGGGCUUGGACGUGAGGCCGAGGGAGCAGGGACGGGGAUGUUACAAUAAAUGGGUGGUUGAGGCAGAGGUGGUUAGCUGGAUUGGCGCCGGGGAUGGGAGGGAGAAGAGGGAGACUGUGCCAGUGUUGGUGUAUGUGGACGAGAGGAGGGUGAGGAUGGGACCGCCCAAGGCGGAGUACAUCCCUCGGAUGAAUCGUGCGAUUCGGGAGUCGGUGGACUUGGGGUUGCCGGCGCGGUGGGCGGAGGAGGUUAUGAGGCCGUCGAUUCCGUCGAUGUGAUUUGAUCAGAGUGCUGCAGAUAAUGGCUUACUGUAUAAAUCGUGCUACGGCUGCUUAUAGAGACAU